AUGCCUUGUGGUGACGAGUACGCCAGUGUACAACAAGAGAGACGACUGAUGGAAGAAACAGCAACAGCUCCAAUUGCUGACCAAUCAGUGUACGGACUGAUUGUGUUCCUCGUUAUUUUCCUUCUUUUUGCCACCCUCACUUCCGGUCUUCUCGUUUGUCUCACAAAAAUCUGGUGUGGCUUCAAAGGACGAGAGAGACAAUGCGGCAAAUUGACUGAUAAAGAACGAAACGAGAUCCUCCAUUCACCCGCAUUUCGGCAUUCGGACAUGAGCGACAGUGAAGAUGAGAGUGCAAUUCAUAACACUUUACAUGCUCACACAAAAGAUAUUUGCGGCUCUCGUCGCCCGUCCUCUCGAAGUAUCGGUGGAGCAGCAAUUCACCUCUCCUACAGCCAUCGAAACUCCCGUAGACCGUCAAAUCGAUCAUACAUUGUGAGGGGCAAAUACUCGAGAAACACCGAAGUGAAAACAAAUCGUGUGAUGGAUCUCGUGAGUCGAUCGAUGGCUUCAAAGUCAACAACAUUUGAAGACCUUCAACCAAAUGGAGUUGUCAGUUAUGCAGCUUCACUAUCAGCGGGUGAGGCGAUAGCUGCUUGUGGCCAAUCGUCAGUCGCUCCUCUCCCUCCACCCCCACCUCCACUUCUCCUCCCAUCUCACACCGAUUUCAUUUUCUCGAAAUGUCUUCCCCAUCCACAUAAGACAAGUUUCUUUGUCCCAGUACAUGAUCCAAAUUCUGUUGUACAUGUA